GAAUCGUCCUAAUGGCAAUGGCCUUAUUUCUGAGACUGAUGGCGGUGCAGGCGCCCUUGUUGCGGACAGGCACGAUCAGCCACAAUUUGCAGCCAUCCUUAGAUGUGUCCAACAUGAUCUCCUACCCACUCUGCGCGCUGAUUGCCAUCUUUCCGCAGGUGCUCGCGAGUUGGAACCUGGACUUUUGGUAUAUCGUCAUGCAGACCUUGUGCGUAUUUCCACUCUUCCUCACGCAGGAGGAAGAUGUCUUGAACGUAUCACUGAUCACGGCAUUUCCGCGAUUGCUCUGUGACAGCUGGGCUGAGAUAUGUGGCCUAU